GUUUGUUACAGGGUAGUGAACUGUUGUUUUGUUUGUUACAGGGUAGUGAACUGUUGUUUUGUUUGUUACAGGGUAGUGUACUGUUGUUUUGUUUGUUACCGGAUGGUGAACUGUUGUUUUGUAUGUUACAGGGUAGUAAACUGUUGUUUUGUUUGUUACAGGGUAGUGAACUGUUGUUUUGUUUGUUACAGGGUAGUGAACUGUUGUUUUGUUUGUUACCGGAUGGUGAACUGUUGUUUUGUUUGUUACAGGGUAGUGAACUGUUUUGUUUUGUUUGUUACA